AUGGCUGACACCGUUGGAAAGACCAUUACCUGCAAGGCUGCCGUCGCCUGGGAGGCCGGCAAGGAGCUGAGCAUCGAAGACGUUGAGGUUGCCCCUCCUCGCGCCCACGAGGUCCGCAUUCAGAUCUACUACACUGGUGUCUGCCACACAGAUGCUUAUACCUUGUCCGGCAAGGACCCUGAGGGUGCUUUCCCCGUUAUUCUCGGACACGAGGGUGCCGGUAUUGUGGAGUCCGUCGGCGAGGGUGUUACCAAUGUAAAGCCCGGCGAUCACGUUGUUGCCCUCUAUACCCCGGAAUGCAAGGAAUGCAAGUUCUGCAAGUCUGGAAAGACGAACCUUUGCGGCAAGAUCCGAGCUACCCAGGGUAAGGGUCAAAUGCCCGACGGCACCUCUCGCUUCAAGUGCAAGGGCCAGGAUCUCCUCCACUUCAUGGGUACUUCUACCUUCUCCCAGUAUACCGUUGUCGCCGACAUCUCAGUCGUCGCUGUCCAACCCGAGGCCCCCAUGGACCGCACUUGCUUGCUCGGCUGUGGUAUCACCACCGGUUACGGUGCCGCUAGGGUUACUGCCAAUGUUGAAGAGGGCUCCUCGGUCGCCAUCUUCGGCGCGGGCUGCGUCGGCCUGUCGGUCGUUCAAGGCGCCGUUUUGAACAAGGCUGGCAAGAUUAUUGUCGUCGAUGUCAACCCCACCAAGGAGGAGUGGUCCAAGAAGUUCGGCGCGACGGAUUUCGUCAACCCCACCCAGCUCGGCAGCCAGUCUGUAGUGGACAAGCUUAUCGAGCUAACCGACGGCGGAUGCGACUACACCUUUGACUGCACCGGUAACGUGAGCGUCAUGCGUGCUGCCCUUGAGGCUUGUCACAAGGGUUGGGGUCAGUCCAUCAUUAUUGGCGUUGCCGCCGCUGGCCAGGAGAUCUCCACUCGUCCUUUCCAACUCGUCACCGGCCGCGUGUGGAAGGGUUCCGCUUUCGGCGGCAUCAAGGGCCGCUCUCAGCUUCCUGGUCUUGUCGACGACUACUUGCAGGGCAAACUCAAGGUUGACGAGUUCAUCACCCACCGCAAGACGCUUGAUGAGAUCAACAACGCUUUUGAGACCAUGAAGCAGGGCGACUGCAUCAGGGCUGUCGUCAACAUGAGGGAGUAA